AUGUAUAUUCUCCAAAGCAGAUCUUUCUCAUUCCCCAGCCGAACAGAAUCGAGAAAGAAGAAGAACAACAGUGUUUCGAAUCGAGAAAGAGAAGGAAAAGAAGAUCUCAAAUCCGCCGCCGCAAAACAACAUCAGAGCCAAAGCUCCACCGUCGACGAACUUCGUGCCUCCUCCUGCGAAUCACCAUCUCCAAACCGACAUAAUACAUAUCCGUACGACAUCCCCACGACCGGACAGCCGCCUUCAACUCCACCUUUGCUCACCGCUCAGAGUUCAGCCGAGAUCAGGACCGUCGGUUCAACCAUGGUAUCUUCCUCUUCUCUUUCAUUUGAUCAAUUUCCGAUUUGGGUUAACACUUGUUACAGUUUAUUUUGUGUAUUGAUGUUUGGAAAAAGGAAAGAGUGA